AUGUCACUUUCAGAUCCAUCAACUUCGGCUGCUGCAGGCGGUUCAGUUAGUACAGAAGCCGGAUCUGUUGCUCCUGUUGCAGUUAACUUGUGUGGGCUCUACGUAGUGCUGUUAGCAAACCUGAAAUGCCGGGCUAAUGACAUAGCUGGAGAUUACAAAGCUGUUAAGAUGACCGGAGAUUUCGGCAGAAUUGUUUACAUUAAAAAAAACCUAAACGCAGCAGACAACCAUGACUAUACCACGCGACUUGUUAUGGAUAAGUACUCGUGGUCAAUAGAGGCUGGUGGUCAAGUCAUCGCUUUCACAACAAAUAAGUUACCGGAUGGAAGCCUCUGUUUUGACGGGGAUGGUACCAUUAGUUGGACAGUAAUAUGUGAGGACGGUAGCACCUUAAAAACUGCUCCUAUUGAUUACUCGACAGUGUCGAGUGAUGACCCUAUUAUUUUAGGAAAUCUCUUCGACGACUUGCCUGUAGGAGAGGCGUGUCCACCUUUAGAGACAAAAGAAGAUAAAAUGUAUAGUGUUAGUGUGCUCGAACCGGAGUUGUUUCCCUCUUUUGCUUGUAUUGAAAGGAUUAAUGGUAUCUACGAACACAGGGGCGGAGUAUUUGGCGGACUUCCGGUUUACGAGAAGGUGGGAGUGGACGAUGGAACGGCUUUGUUUAAUUCAAUCGCAAUGCUGGGAUUUACCAUUGGGUAUCAAACCACGCUUCUUGACAUUUUUGCUGUGGAGACUACUUUUAGUGAGGUAGACUAUACGGCCAUGAACAGGGAAGUGUGUCCGAGCGAAGUAUCAGAAAUGAUUUUUGUAUGUGACGAGGCAGCCAACACCAUAUAUGGAACAGUCAGUAUAGCAGAAUUUAUAAGUGGUGGAAAGUAUACCUACGGUCUGGAGCCGUACCCAGUACCCUUCGCCUACAAAUACGACCUGUUCUCCUCCAUGCCGUUCGACCCUGACAAGUACGAAGGUGGUUUUAAUCCUGCCACAGCGGAAGAGAGGGCAGUCACCACACCCAAUUAUCCAGUAUCGGGAGCAUCGAACAGAAGGUGGUGCAAAUACCAGCAAUUUACUCUGGAGAACUUUGGAGGAGGUUGUGGGAUUGCGGUUAACGGUGAUUACACGUUUGGUGGUGACUUUUCGGGCGAGAAUGCGGUUUAUGAAAAGAUUACCCCAGAAGACGACACUCUUCUUCCUAGUGAGAAAGUGUAUAUUUACUACAUUAAGAACUGGCGUAAGUGGGUUGCAGGAACAGGCUUCCUGGACGGGAAUGGGAUUAUAGCUUCCUUCAAACAUGAGGGAGAGUGUCCAUACGCCAGGGGAGAAGAAAGAAUGAAAGUUGCAGAAAAUGGUGGAUUAUUCUGCAAUGAUGCGGUUGUGGGUGAAAGAUACGAUACUAUACUAACCGGACUAGAUUAUUCAGUCCAAGAUGAUGGGUUCCCAAGUGACAAGGACGGAUACUUUAUAUUUUCUCUCGUGAGCGUUUUUAACUACAAUCCGAAUAUAAAAGCUGCCGAUAUUGGAGGAAAUGAGAAUGGUGUAUCGAAUGAAUGUAAUGAAAUUGCCCUCUCAUUUGAUGGCAUUUUUCAGUUGGCUGCUACAAGAAAAGUUUUUGGUGGCAUGUCCGUUUAUUCAAAAGUACAAUUGGACGAGCUUGGGGAACAUAAAGAUUUAUACAUUUGGUACUCACCGUCGCACAGAUCAUGGAUAUUAAACUCCGAAAUAGGGCACAUUAAAGAGCCGCUGUUGUAUGUAAACUACGAUUACAAUGCUAUUGAGCCGCGACAGUUAUUGAGAAAUCCUGGUUCAUGA